AUGGAUUUAAGAGUCGGUAGAAAAUAUCGCCUAGGUAGGAAAAUUGGUGCCGGAUCAUUCGGUGACAUUUAUCAUGGUACCAACUUAUUAAGUGGUGAAGAAAUUGCCAUUAAAGUCGAAUCAGUAAGGACAAAACAUCCUCAAUUGGAAUAUGAAUCAAGAGUGUAUAGAUAUAUCAGUGGAGGUAUAGGAAUACCAAUAAUUAGAUGGUUUGGUAGAGAAGGGGAAUUCAAUGCCAUGAUUUUGGAUCUCUUGGGACCUUCUUUAGAGGAUUUAUUCAAUUAUUGUCGUCGUUCUUUCUCUUUUAAGACUAUCAUCAUGUUAGCUUUACAAAUGCUUUCAAGAAUUCAAUAUGUUCAUGGCAGGUCUUUCAUUCAUAGAGAUAUUAAACCUGAUAAUUUUUUAAUGGGUACUACGCAUCACCAAAAUAAUAUUGUUCAUAUUAUUGAUUUUGGUUUAUCAAAAAAAUAUAGAGAUUUUCACUCCCAUAAACAUAUCCCAUAUAGAGAAAAUAAAUCAUUAACUGGGACCGCAAGAUAUGCAAGUAUUAGUACUCACAUGGGGAUCGAACAAAGUAGAAGAGAUGAUUUAGAAUCAUUAGGUUACAUUUUAAUUUAUUUUGCAAAGGGAUCUUUACCAUGGCAAGGGUUGAGAGCGACAACUAAGAAACAAAAAUAUCAUCUCAUCUUGGAAAAAAAAUUAACAACAUCAAUCGAACGAUUGUGUAGUGGAUUACCAGUUCAAUUUGCUCAGUAUAUUGAGUAUUGUAGAACUCUAAAGUUCGAACAACGGCCUGAUUAUUCUUAUUUAUCGGGCCUGUUUAAGGGUCUUGCUACAAGCUUAGAUUAUCAUAUUGAUCAUCUUUUUGAUUGGACCUUUUUGCGUUAUACUAGAAUAAUGCUUCAAAAACAAAGUGAAAUGUUAACAGGACCUGGGCUUCCUGAGGAGACUAGAAAUAAAUAUCGUAUUGAAACGCAGUAUCGAAGUCCAAAUUCAAGUAUACCAAGUUCAUUAUGUUCUGGAUCACAAGAAAAGAAGAAAGAAGAAAAAACAAUUAAUCGCAACUAUUAUGGUAAUAAUUAUGAAAGUACUGGUAAUAAAACAGCCAUAUUAUCUUUCGAAAAUAUAAAAAGACUAACAAUGAAGAAAUUUAGUAGUAAUUUCCAUUAUUAUAUACUUGGAGAAACUCAUAACCCCAGUCCAAACGAAAUCAAGUCACAAACCACAUUCAACUCAAACUUAGAAUGUAGAAUACCAAACGAAAUUACCCAAUAUAUGGAUAUGGAAUUGGAACGAGCAAGAUGCAGACGAACAGAACAUUUAAGAAAACUGGAAAAGCAAAAACAAAGAGAGGAAGAACAGGAAAAAAGAAUGGAACGGGAACAAGAACAAGAGCAAGAACCGGAGCAAGAACAAGAGCAAGAGAUACUGCGCUUAACGAGCGAACAAAGAGAAAAAUUAUCCGCUUUAAAGUUAGAUCCAAAACCUAUAUUGAAGGAGACUAGCAUGAAAGAAGCGUUAGAAGAGGAAGGUGACGGGGAUAUUGCAGGCCAAAAAAAUAUAGCAGAACAAGGGAAAGUGUUCGAAGAGCAUCAUCAAUUAAAUAAUAAGAAUGGUAAGCAUAGAAAUGGUCACGAUGUUCCACGCUGUAAAGAGAGGAUAUCUCCUUGUGCACCCGCCUUACCACCUAGGCAAUCCACAAUGACUACAGGUUUGGGCCAAAAAUAUGGACAUGAACAAAUAGAAGGGCCCCUGUGGCUCUAG